AUGGGUGGAUCAUGUUCAAAAUGUUGUGCAACUGUUGUGUUACCUACAAAUAUUUCAUUCAAUCAAAUAUCAGUUGUACCAGGAAAAUCUAGUUCUUCAAGAUCGACACGAUUCGUUGAAAAUUGUAUUGUUAUUUGGUUAUUUGAUGAUCCAUCAAGAAAAUUUGAAAAUGAAAAAGAACAAUUACGACGUCUUGUUUAUGGUUUUCAAGUAUUUACUAAUGCUGAUAUAUGUAUUGAUUAUAUAAGAGAUAUUCAAGAUGAAAAAAUCUUUCUUAUUACAUCUGUAACAUAUCAAUCAAUUAUAAAUUUUUACCAUUUACCACAACUUGAAAAAAUUUAUAUAUUCGAUACAUUAUCUCAUGAUGAUAAUAAACGAAAUUUGCAAUAUAAUAUCUUUCGAGAUAUGAAUAAUCUUUGUAAACAAUUAGAAGAAGAUGUUGAAUUAUGUGAAUUUGAUUUAUUAUGUUUUUCAACAUUUUGCGAUGAGACAAAUUCAUCAAUAACUUUAACGAAAGAACAAAUAGGUUUUGUUUUUAUACACAUUUUAAAUGAAAUUAUGGCUCGAAUGAAAUAUGAGAGUAAUGCAAAAAAUGUUUUUAUUGAUUUUUGUCGAAUAUGUUAUGAAAAUAAUGAUGAACAAUUACGUAUUAUUGAUGAAUUUGAAAAAUAUUAUCGUCCACAUAAAGCACUUGAUUGGUUAAAAAGACCAUGUUUUAUUUCUAAAAUAUUAAAUCGUAUAAAACGUACUCAUGAAAUCGAUAUUGUAUAUAAACUUGGUUUCUUUCUCAAACAUCUUAAUAUGCAACUUAUACAUUUACAUGAAGAAAAUGCAUUAUUAAUGAAAAAUAUUUCUAUUGUCUAUCGCGGUAAAACUAUGUUAAAUGAUGAAUUUGAAUUAUCAAUAAAAAAUAGCUGUCAUGGUCUUUUAUCGUUUGCUAAUUUUCUUGGAACAAGUAUCAAUAAAGAAAAUAUGAUUGAUUUUAUUCGUCGUCGACUUGUAAUACAUCCUGAUAGAAUAGGUAUUCUUUUUGAAAUACAUCUUGAUUCUAUGAUGUAUAAUGAAAAAAAUCCAUUUGCUUUACUCAAUGAUAAUGAUUCGAAAAAUAGUGAGAUUUAUUUUGAUACAGGCUGUGUUUUUCGAAUUGAAUCUAUUGAACAAUUUAAUGAAGAUUUAUUAAUGAUGUGGUGUGUAAAGUUGCGAUUAAUUAGAAAUGAUGAUCCACAAUUACUUCGUAUCGUAGAACCUUUUCGAACUGAAGAACAACAUGAAAAUCCAUUAUCUUGUUUAGGUAAAUUACUUAUGAAUAUGGGAGAAUAUAAGCGUGUUGAACAAUGCUUUCUUGAAACAUUAAAUGAUGCUUCUAUCUUAAGUCAACCUCGUCGUCUUGUACGUGCACGAAUUGGUCUUGGUGCUAAUUAUUCACAUAAAGGUGAGUAUAUCACAGCAUUAAUUCAUUAUGAACAAGCACUUAAAAUUAGUUUGACUUAUUUACCAUCCGAUCAUUAUAAUCUCGCUCCUAUAUAUAAAAGUAUUGGUGAUUGUUAUUCAAAUCAAAACAAUUAUGAAAAUGCUUUCACAAAUUAUGAACGAGCCAUACAUCUAAUAGAAAGUAAUACACAAUCACCAAAAUCUUCCACAAUUACUGAAUUACAAAAUCUUGUUAAUAAAACGAAACAAUUAAUUGAAAACAAUAAGUCAUUAUUGUUAACUAAAUCUCAGAAGUAA